AUGUCUUCGGGAACAUUUGUGGACAGAAUUGACCCUUUCGCCAAGCGGUCGAUGAAGAAAAAGACGAAGAAGUCUCAGGGUUCUUCUCGGUAUCGGAACACGCAAGAUGUAGAGCUGCAGGCACUGCCUUUGCUCAAAGAUGUUCCAAGCAGUGAGCAAGAAGAGUUAUUUAUCCGCAAGCUGCGACAAUGCUGUGUAGCAUUUGAUUUUAUGGAUCCUGUUGCUGAUCUGAAGGGAAAAGAGAUAAAACGUGCCACCCUCAAUGAGCUUGUAGAAUACAUCACUGCAGGACGUGGAGUGCUAACUGAACCUGUUUACCCAGAGAUUAUAAAAAUGAUAUCAGCAAAUUUAUUCCGCACCCUACCGCCAAGUGAAAAUCCUGACUUUGAUCCCGAAGAAGAUGACCCGACUUUGGAGGCUUCGUGGCCGCAUCUUCAACUAGUCUACGAAUUUUUCCUGCGCUUCCUUGAGUCAGCUGAUUUUCAGCCCACUAUCGGCAAGAAGGUCAUUGACCAGAAAUUUGUACUGCAGCUUUUAGAUUUGUUCGAUUCCGAAGACCCGCGUGAACGCGAUUUCUUAAAAACGGUGCUGCAUCGCAUCUACGGCAAGUUUUUGGGAUUGCGAGCCUUUAUACGAAAGCAGAUUAACAAUAUAUUCCUACGAUUUGUUUAUGAAACGGAACAUUUUAACGGUGUGGGUGAGCUUUUGGAAAUUUUGGGAAGUAUAAUCAAUGGAUUUGCACUCCCGUUGAAGAGUGAGCACAAACAGUUCCUGGUGAAGGUGCUGUUGCCCCUGCACAAGGUGAAGUGUCUGUCUCUGUACCACGCACAGCUGGCCUACUGCGUGGUACAGUUCCUUGAGAAGGACGCUACACUUACGGAACACGUUGUACGCGGACUUCUCAAGUUCUGGCCCAAAACAUGUUCGCAAAAAGAGGUGAUGUUCUUGGGUGAGAUUGAGGAGAUUUUGGAUGUAAUUGAGCCCGCUCAAUUCGUCAAAAUACAAGAACCGUUGUUCAGACAAAUAGCUAAAUGUGUUUCCAGUCCACAUUUUCAGGUGGCUGAAAGAGCACUAUAUUUUUGGAACAACGAAUAUAUUAUGUCACUGAUGGAAGAAAACAACCACGUGAUAAUGCCUAUAAUGUUCCCCGCGCUGUACCGGAUCAGCAAGGAGCACUGGAACCAGACCAUAGUGGCGCUCGUCUACAAUGUGCUCAAGACAUUCAUGGAGAUGAAUUCCAAGCUCUUCGAUGAGCUCACUGCUAGCUAUAAGGCGGAACGGCAGAAAGAGAAAAAACGCGAGAAGGAGCGCGACGAGCUGUGGAAGCGGCUGGGCGAGCUGGAGAUCAGCCACAAGCGGGCGACGGCGGGGGCGGUGGCGGGGGCGGCGCCCGCACUCGCCAAGUGA